UUUUCCCAAGCUCGCAUUGACAUUUCCUGCAGAAAGCCGUCGACGUCCAUCGAAAAACCUCCACUGACGUUUGUUUUUCCUCCGAAGUGUGUUGGCCGAGUACAUUACCAGCAAAGAAUUUCAAAAUAAUCCAACCUGUUGGUGCCGAUUAAUUGCCAAAUACUCGAUCAAGUGCGUCCUGACCCACGCUAGAUAUUACUGAACGUGUGAAUUGACCCACAUUCCCGGUGAAUUAAUUGUGUGGCGUGGUUUCAGCAUUGCGCCAAAAGCCCGACACUUUGCGGGAGUAGACGCACGAACAUUUCUACUGGCGAACGGUCUGGUGCUGGUUUAUCUGUUUACCUCGCGGUUUUGUCCGGUCGGGCAGCUGAGAGCGCGCUAAAUGUCGGAGAUUUUAGUUAAUAAAUUGAAAGCCGACCGUGGAGCGGCCGCGAUUUGUCGAUUAUGCGCGACACUUCGAAAAGCCGAUUGUUUUGUCCAUAUCCGUGACCCGAACCUUAAUCUUAUUGCAAAGCUGGAGCGCUGCUGUCAGUUCACUUUGCCGGAAGACGAUCACCUGCCGGAAAACGUUUGCGUCGAUUGUGUGCAGACGUUACACAAUUGCUGGUCGUUCGCGGAGAAAGUUCAUGAAGCGCAGGAGUCCUUGCUGGCGUUGUACGCUGUGGAGGAUGUUGUUGUCGAGGAAAAGGAUGUUCAGCACAUACUGAAAAGGAAUCCAUCGCAUGAAGAAAUUUCGAAAACUUUACUGCGAAUUUUCCAAACCUCCGACACUACAAAAGAAAUAUCUGACGGAAGUUUAUCCCAGGAGUUGCCCAUUGACGGGAAGUCUAAAUCAUGCACGCUAGUGAUUGAAAAUGUUGACGGAGGGGACGAGACGGAUGGUUCUGUACCGGACAAUAUUAUUGAGGAAGAAUAUCCAGGAGAAACGGAAAUUCUCGAGGAUGAUACCGCGGAAUUCAUUGAGACGUCUUCGGAUCACGGGUUUAAUUCUAAAGUUGAAAUUAUCGAAACGUGGCGUGAUUAUCCUUGGACUUGUACGGAUUGUAGUAGCGUUUUUCCGGGAGUGCUUGAACUACGUGAACAUAUUCAAAAAGAACAUGAUUCCAAUGAGUGUACAUACGUUUGUGCGGAUUGCUCGAAAACUUAUACCAAAUAUUAUCUGUUUUUUAAUCACGUGAUGACCCAUCGGAGUCAUCUCAGGGUCUAUUGUGAUUUAUGCUCAGAUUUUUGUGAGCAAUCAGUGAUUUUGGCGAAACACCGCGAGGAACAUAAGAAUGAGGAUAAUGUUGCAUUAUGCUCAAUUUGUGCAAAGGCUUUCAAGAAUACAGUGUCCUUGUAUUCGCAUUUAAGGAGUCAUAAGCAAGAGCAAAUGUAUCGAUGCGAGGUUUGUGACAAGCGAUUUGGAACCAAACCCAAUUUGAAAGCACAUCAGAAGAUACAUUUUGGUCUUAAAGAAUUUGUGUGCGAUCAAUGCGGAAAGGGAUUUAUCCAGAAAGCCAAUUUAGAAGAACAUCUAAUAACACAUGUAAAUGAGACUCCAUUUGAGUGUAAUGAGUGCGGGAAAAGGUUCAAAACUUCUGCACGUCUGGCCAAACACAAGGGUGUACACUCGUCAGUACGUCCGCAUAAAUGUGAGGAAUGCGGUAAGGAAUUUCGUGAAAAGGAUACGUUGCGGGUACACAUGCGAAUACAUACAGGUGUAAUGCCUUACAAAUGUGAAUUUUGUGGUAAACGUUUUCGGUUUCGAAGUAUUUUGGUGACACAUCGACACCAGCACACCGGAGUAAGGCCAUAUUCGUGCCAGGAAUGCGAUCAUCACUUCACCAAUUGGCCCAACUACAACAAGCAUAUGAAACGGCGACACGGCGUGAGUGGCGGCACCAAAGCAACCCAGCCCAAUUCCGGAUUGAAUCAGGAAAAGACCUCGACCUCCGCUACCAAAUCGACAGAUUCGACAUCGGUACCGAUUAUUUCAUUUCAUUCGUAUUCAACCCCCGAAUUGGAUACAUCACCAUCGGAAUUGGAAAAAAUUUUAGGCGUUCCCGAUGCCAAGGACGAAGAUACAAAUGCUGAUGGUAAUGGUGGUCAGAUGAGGAGGGUCAACAGUGGGCGGAGAGGACUAGGAUCGAGGACAACGACGACAGCAUCAAGGUCCUUGGCUACUAAGCGAUGAGAAUUAUUAGUCGGAUAAAUUUCUUACGGGUUGAUUAGCCUAGUUCACUGCGUGGGAAUUUCGGAAUGCAAUUUUACGAAGAUUUAUCGGAGUGAAGUUAUUCGAUCCGUUUUUGUUUCGGGGGACGAAGUUGGUUUAGAUAGUAAUUAUCUUGUCUUAGUCGAUGAUGGGAUUUUGUAUCAAUAUUUUGUGUAGUUGGAUAGGCGCAUUAAUUAGGUUUAUGAGUAGAUAUUAGGAUUCAUUUGGGAUAUCUGAAAUGGAUACAAGUUGAUUUUUGUGUCCUGACAGUUGGAAUAGUAUCUAGCUUUAUUGACAAGACGAGUUAUGUGUACAGUUGUCUUAGAGUUAAGUAAAAUAUUGAUAGAAAGUGAAUUCAAUAAAUUUGAAAC